AAUUGACGUCAACUUGGCCAACCUACACAUUGGCGAUCGUAUACUCGAGGUUAACGGCACGCCCGUGAACGACUCCUCCAUCGAACACAUCGACAAAUUGAUACGAAGCACCGAGAAAAUUUUACAGCUCACCGUCGAACACGAUCCUGUGCAAGUGUGCCGCAGCUGUAGUCAAGCUGACAUACUCCAUCGACCCACAUCGUACAGUGACCUCCCGCCGUUGGCCACAUCCGCGUCAAGCAUUGAAGUAUACGGCCGUCGCAGCGUCACAGACUCGCUCACCGGCAGCACUAGCACCAGUACUAUCGCGCCACAGAGCAACAGCAGCGAUUGCGGCAGCGGUGGCAGCUCACCCACACGUCUCACCAAGCAGGACAAGGAACGUAUCUACAAGCGCAAGGAUGAGGGCUACAUAAGCGGCACAAAGACACGCCAGCUGCGCAAGUGCAAGAAUCUGAAUAUGAUUGCUGCCGAACAGGCGCUAUUGACGCAUACCGGUUCCACACAUUCCGUUGGACCAAUCGGCAGCGGUGUAGCCGGGUGCUGCGCUGUUGCAAUUGGCAGUAGUGCCAUCAAAGCAGCAGACUCCACACAGCUGGGCAUGCGUUUACGCGAUAAGGAGCGCUGCUCAAGUAUGUCGAAGCUGUUGGAUGAGCAGCAUGCGCCCUCAGCCCAAAUUUACGACUUGUCGCGCACGAAGUCGUUUCGCGUGGAGCCCAAGCCGCAGCGCAUCUUCCGCGCAUCUGAUCUGGUGUUGGGCGAAUUGCUCGGCAAGGGGUUCUUCGGGCAAGUGUACAAGGUGACGCAUCGCCUUACCAAGGAGGUGAUGGUGCUCAAGGAGCUCUAUCGCGUCGACGAAGAGGCGCAGCGUAAUUUUCUCAAAGAGGUUGCGGUGCUGCGUUCGUUGCAUCACAAGAAUGUGCUGCGCUUCAUUGGCGUGCUCUACAAGGAUAAGAAACUGCAUUUGGUCACCGAGUACAUUGCUGGAGGUUCACUCAAGGAACUCAUACACGACUCUGGGUUGCCGCUAACGUGGCCACAGCGCAUCUCAUUCGCAAAAGACAUUGCUUGCGGCAUGAGCUAUUUGCACCGCAUGAAUAUUAUACAUCGCGACUUGAAUUCUUUAAAUUGCCUUGUGCGGGAAGAUAAGUCGGUGAUAGUGGCGGACUUUGGGCUGGCGCGUAUCAUCACAGCGCCCUUCUACAGCGCGGGUGGCGGCAGCGGCGCGACUGUAGGCGCUGGUGGAAGCAUGUUAGCGGCGAAUAGCGGCAGUGAACGUUGGUCUGGUGGCGCAUGUCUGAGUCCGAACGGCACUCUGGGGCGCAGCAAGAGCAGGCAGCGCAGACAGCGCUACACAGUGGUGGGUAACCCAUAUUGGAUGGCGCCGGAAAUGAUGAAGGGACUCAAGUAUGAUGAGAAAGUGGAUGUGUUCUCGUUCGGCAUCGUGCUGUGUGAGAUAAUUGGACGGGUGCAAGCCGACCCGGAUUUCCUGCCACGUACCUCCGAUUUCGGUUUGAAUCAGAAAAUAAUUGGACGGGUGCAAGCCGACCCGGAUUUCCUACCACGUACCUCCGAUUUCGGUUUGAAUCAGAAAGUAUUUCGCGAAAAAUUUUGCCAACAGUGCCCUGAUGUGUUUUAUAAAAUCGCCUUUCUUUGCUGUGAUCUCAAUCCUGAUAAAAGACCGUCCUUCGAAACACUUGAAAUCUGGCUGGAAAGCCUAAUGGCCUCCAUCGCCGUCAACCAGUCGCUGCCCGCCGAACUGCUCUAUGACAUCGAAAACUACCAGGGUACCAUAAGCGUUAGCAGCACGCCGGACGGCAUGCUCACGCCUAAGUCGAAUCGUAGCCGCGAUGAUCUGGACGAUUUGGAAAAGCAACGAAAGCAAACACCACCGAAGCCCGCACCCGAAACACCCGCAGUUGCUGUUAUCCAGCCACCGAGUGCAAGCGAGCAAAUUAUCAAAGAGGACAGCGAUUUCAAGGACUCCCCGCGAAUUGAAGGCAAAGAGAAUACUGUCAUACUGCGCAGCGAUAUGCCGAAAUCGCCGCACUUGGGCAAAGAUUUUUCGCCCACUGGUGAGCGCAUACGUGACAGCAUGCGUGCGCGUCGUCGUCAGCGCCUCAUGCAAGCCGCGCAACAACGCGGUCUGACGCCGGAGAACAAAAGCACCGAUCGCGUAUUGGAGGCGGUGAAGCAAACGUUGCAGAACGGCGCGCGAGCUGGGACGCCGCUGAACAGCUGCAAUGGCAGUGGUGCUGUAGCGAAGAAAAGUCGGCCAUAUGGCGAGAAAGGCUUUCUGCUGGACAUUAAUCGCGAUGGGGACCUGCGGCUGAAUAACGUCAAAGACUUAAAUUAUUGCUCAGAUUUCGACUCCAGCUGUGACACGAGUCUCAACUAUCACGAAGUUAAUGCCAACGAAGAUAUGAAGGCGACGGAUUGCGAAAUGCCUGCCGCUCCCACAAUGAAUCGGCCGGCAGUGUUGCGUGAAGAGCGCGUUGAGGAAGAGGUACAAGUUAGCGCCGCGGAAGAGGUUGAAAAAAUGCAAGAAACACAAGCUGCUAAACAGGUGUUGCUAACUGAUAUGCAGGUGGCGGCCGAUACAAUCGAUGCGUCGCAGGCGUCCGAUCAAAUAAUCACUGUGGAGGUAUCCGCGCCCGCGACCGUUGGCGCCGCCACAUCCAGUGAAGAAGUCGACGCCGCAAC